AUGAUGCACCGAUCAGUUUCUUCAUUUGGCUUUGCUGCAUCCUCCAUGGCUCGAAUCGAGGCAUCGUGGCAGGAGAUUACACAGCGCGAGGGAGAGCCUAAGGCGCGCAGCUCGCACGCCAUAGCAGUGGUGGGGAACAAGAUGUUUGUGUUCGGGGGGGAAUUCGAGCCGCGAGUGCCAAUCGGCAACGAUAUGCAUGUCAUGGACCUGAGCACCCGCGAGUGGACCAUCGCUGCUGCUUCUGGUGACAUCCCGUCCCCCCGCAUCGGCAUCACCAUGGUGGCUUUGGGGAGCACCCUGUACGUGUUUGGUGGAAGAGACGGUGAUAAAAACGAGCUGAGCGACUUCUACUCCUUCGAUACAGUCACGGGGCAGUGGAGGCUGCUGACCACUGGGGACAAGUCCCCUCCUGGCAGGAGCUACCACACCAUGGCAGCAGACCCCCAUCGCUCCCAAAUCUACAUUUUUGGCGGCUGUGGCACCACGGGUCGAUUCAACGACCUCUGGGCCUACCCUGUCGCUCCCUCUGCCUCUGCCACCCACACCAACACAUGGCGGCAACUCCCCUCCCCUCCUCCUUCCAGUUCUUGCGUGCCUCGGGGUGGGCCUGGGUUAGCAGUAGCAGGGGACGCAGUGUGGGUGUUGUUUGGGUUUUCCGGGAAGCAUGAGCUUGGGGAUGUGCAUAGGUUUGAUCUGGGGAAGGAGACUUGGGAGGAGGUGCAGUUUCCUCCUGCUACUGCUGGUGCAGAUGCGGCUGGUACGGCUGGUAACGGGGAUGUAAUCAAGCCCAUUCCGCGGAGUGUUUUCGGCGCUGUGACCGUCUCACUCCCUGCUGCUAGCGAGUCUGCUUGUAAGGAGUACAUAGUGGUGUAUGGUGGUGAAGUGGACCCAUCAGAUCUAGGCCAUUUGGGGGCAGGGAAAUUCUCCAAAGAUCUCUUCCUAUUGGACGUGGAGGAGAGGAAGUGGCUCCGGCCGGCGUCGCUCGUCUCUUCUGGCGGAGACCCGGGCGCUCGUGGGUGGUUCCCUGUUGCUCCUUUGGGUGCUUCUGCUGGUGCUGGCAUGGUGGUGUAUGGAGGCAACUCUGAGAGCAACGACCGUCUGGAUGAUGUGUUUGUGCUCCGGCUGACCAUUGCUUGA